ACUACAGUUGUUGAGAAGUUUCUAAACAGCUCAGGAUUAACACGAAUUACAAAUACUUUUUUUUAUCUAAUGACUCAACGAGAAUGCUUGCGGUCCAAACACAAACAGUUUAGUAGUUGUUUGUAACGUCAUGCUGAUAACACUGAUUUAUAUCGUAUGUGCACCAAGGAUUGUGCAUUUUAUAAACAUGUGCUGCAGAUACUGACCAAGGAUACAGACGUACAACAGAAUGUCUACCUGGACAAUGUUUGACCCCCCGGACUACGUCUUCACAUCACCAACAUAUCCCGGGAGCAGUUCUCACAAUGAAACUUACAUAAAUACUACAGAUUUUAAUUUUAUAACCGGACAUGUCAACAAUUCGAAUGUGUCCACUGCUGACGUCACUUCUACGUCACCAACUGAGGAACUGCUCGCAGAAGUUAGUUCAUAUCUAUGGAAAAUUUUGUCUCCUGUAUUGUUCUUAGUCGGAAUAUUCGGCAACACAUUCAGUGUUAUCAUUUUAAGACGAAUGCGGUUUUUAAAGAAGCCAUCUUUGUUUUUCCUUGUCCCUCUUGCUUUCACAGACAUGACCGUUUUGUGUGUUGGACUCAGCCGAUACUGGGUCAAUGAAAUGUUUGAUUUUGAUCUCCGACUUAUUUCUCAAGCUGGGUGUAAAAUCAAUUUAUUUGUGAUAUACGUCUCUAUGCAGUUUUCGUCCUGGAUUUUAGUAUGUUUCACAUUUGAACGUUUCCUAAAAACCAAUUUCCCGUUUCGAUAUAUACGGGUUAUGACAGUGAAGAAGGAGAUUUUAGCUUUGAUAAUAAUAUUUUCAUUUCUUGUGUGUGUGGACGGCCAUCUCUUUUGGACCAAUGGAUUAACGACCAGGGAUGGAUCACUGGCUUGUUCAUCGUUAACAGAUGAAACAUUUCAUUUUGAUGAAUAUGUUUUCGUGUACAUAGAUUUUGUUUUUCUCUCCAUUUUGCCAGCAAUUUUGAUGUUUGUUAUGAACAUAUGCAUUGUUCGAGUCUACCGACGUUCAAUUGAAUAUUUAAAAACAUCUAGUAUUAGCACUAACGCCGCAUCCAACAGACAUAGGUACAGCAUCAAACUCACCAAGAUGGCUCUCGUCACCAACUCCUACUUUUUGUUUGCAACCUUACCGAUCUGUUUGUACUUUAUUGUGGAUUCCUAUACACAUACUGAUGACGCAGUAUUUAACGCCAAGAAGGAUUUAGCGUGGUCUGUGGUGUAUAUCUUACAGUUUUCUAAUUACACCAUGAACUUUUUUCUGUACGUCGCGGCCAACGACAAGUUUAGACUACACUUUUUCAGCAUUUUAAAGUGUCAACUUCCUAUAAGAUUUUCACGAAAAAGAAGCUCUGCUUAUAGUGCACAGAGUACAUCAACAUUUCGUAUUACAAGCGAGGAUUCAGAAACCAUGGCAGGAGGUUGUGAGAGGGAAGGGAACAAUAACCAAGUAUCUCCGUCAUCACAUCUCAAUUCUGUUACAACUUCUCGUACUGUGUCCGUACAUUCAUUGUCGGCGAAAAAAGACAAACCCUCUCCAACCUCAUUGUCAGUGAGGAUAGACAACCCCACUUCACCCUCAGCGACGAUCGACAAACCCUCUUUGUCCUCAGUGUCGGCGACGAUCGACAAACCCUCUUUGUCCUCAGUGUCGGCGACGAUCGACAAACCUUCUUUGCCUUCAGUGUCGGCGACGAUCGACAAACCCUCUUUGUCCUCAGUGUCGGCGACGAUCGACAAACCCUCUUUGUCCUCAGUGUCGGCGACGAUCGACAAACCUUCUUUGCCUUCAGUGUCGGCGACGAUCGACAAACCCUCUUUGUCCUCAGUGUCGUCAACGAUCGACAAACCUUCGGUGAGGAGGCGGGACAAAUCCAAACAAAUGUCUUGUGUACCCUGGUCAAAAAGAGUAAAACAUUUCAACAGUGCCGUUCCAAAUUUCUCUGUGUUGGAUGCAUCCGUUUAACGUUAACGCUGGAUUCCUCUGUGUGAAUAUGUGAUUGUGGGGAUGGAGGGGAGGGGGAUUUUAUAACAUAUGUCACAAUGUGAUAGUCAUGUCACCUGAUAACUACGUUUCGGACGCCUCAGAGAACCAGGACAAUUGAUCCUCUAGUCCUUAUGUAAAGAGCCCAAACUCCACAAAAAACCGCGGCUUGUUUAUCAUUUCAUCAUAUUGCUGAGUUUUACAUGUUAGUCAAUGGUUGGAUCUUAUCUCUACAGAUGACAUAGCAUUCCAUCCAGGAUGUUACAGAAUGAAUGUUUCAUGAAAGAGAGAAAUGAACUUGAAUGCAUAAUAGCCAAUUAUUCGAGAAAAGUGUUCAAUAUUAUAUUAACAUAUGAAAUGUAUUGCUUAUUA